GGUCAUGGCUGCUCAUCGUGCUAAGCUAUCCCAUAUCUUUGGUUCGUACAUUACAGCUCCGUGCCUCCUCCCCUCGCUCCUCAGCGACGAAGCCCAAGGGUUCCCGCGUCGGAUGGUACAGUAGAAAAAAUGAAACUGGCUCGUGCACGCACAGUGAAGUCAUCGAUCGCUUCUCCACGUAGCUAGCGAGCGAGCGAACGCGCACGCGCCCGCCGAAAAAGGGCAAGGCCAAAGCAGAAUGGCUGUGUUCAGAACGCUACUCUUCUCACCUUCUUGACAGCGCAGCCCACUUCUUCGUUUCUUCUUCCUCUGAACAACCAGCAGCCACCUCUCUGCACCGCAACGACACAAGUCAGCCAAAGAUGACUGUCCACUACACCCUCACAUUCAUGCUCCUCUGCGUGGAGGCGUUUGUCUUCCUCGCUCUAAUUGUGCCCCUCCCCUUCAAGGCCCGUCGCGCCCUCUUCCAGUUCUUCGGCACGAACCCAAUCGUCGGCAAGAUCCUGUACGGCGUCAAGAUCAGCAUCAUCUUCGUCAGCGUCCUCCUCGUCGAUGCCGUCCAGCGCCUCUUCCGCGUCAUGGCCGACCGGCAGGCGGCCAAGGACCAGCUCGGCGUGCGCGACACGGCGCACCACGACCUGCUCAUCAAGCUCGCCUUUGCGCAGCGCAACUGCUACCUCUGCGGCUUCACCCUCUUCUGCAGCCUCAUCCUCAGCAGGACCUACAGCCUCGUCAAUGAGCUCAUCGAGGCCCAGACGCGCCUCGAGCAGAUCCAGGGCUCCGCAAGCGCAAAGGGUGGUGCGCCCUCGACCGACAUUGCCACGAUGAAGAAGCAGAUGGAGCAGCAGCAGAAGGAGUACCAGCGACUCGCAGACGAGCUUGCCCAGGCAAAGGGCCAGACCCCAUCGACCAAGAAGGACUAGAGAAUUCUGGACACGCUCCUCACUCUCUGCCUUCCUCGCGCGCAAAGGAAAAGGAAAGCACACACCCCUUCCUCAUCGACGACUAGGGCAAGCAAGACCGGUAGAAAAAGUACUUGUCAGAUUAUCAUUCUGCACCGGAU